AUGAUUGGAAGGGCGUCUUACUUCGCGGUGUCGCGCUCACCCCUUGGACCGCUGAGAAGUUUGACGGCAGCAGCCAUACGAAGGGAUACUGCCAUCCGGCUGUCUCACGAUGCUCAAAAGGAGGAACAAACAAUCGAUUAUCAUCACCCAUUUGAUCCCAUAAAGUUGUCGUUGGAAUAUUUACCCCUCGAUCCCGGGAAGCGAGAAAUUCGCCUUGUCAAGAUACUGCCGUUUGAUCAAGGUCAGACAACCGAUGGCGUCAAUCCAGUCAAUUGCACGCUUCACCAUGUCUCUCUUGGCGAUGAGCCUGAGUACGUGGCCCUGUCAUACAGCUGGGGCGAUCCUCAUAAUAUUGUGCCCAUCCUGGUCGACGGAUGUUCUUUCCUGGCUACACAGAAUCUGGAGACUGCUCUCCGCCAGUUCCGAGAUGAUGGCCAGCAUACGAAUAGACCCCUUUGGAUCGACGCUAUCUGCAUCAAUCAAAAGGACGACGCAGAAAAGAGCGCUCAGGUCCAAUGCAUGCGGACUAUCUACCAUGACGCGGUCUAUGUGGUGUCAUGGUUGGGCAUGGCGGCAGCCGGCACCGGUGAGACGAUCAAGGAACUGAAAGAGCUUCGCGACGCAGGUUGUGAUAUCCAAGUGGCAACCCGUGCAGAUGUCCCAACUCUUGAACUCUAUCUCGAGAAGUUCCUAGGGUUGUUCAGACCUUUGUUUGACUUGUUUGAGAGAGGCUACUGGUCACGUGUGUGGAUUUUGCAAGAGGUAGCCGUUGCCAGGGACGUCCGGAUCCAGUGUGGCCCUUUCAUUACAACAUUAGAAGAGCUGGCUAUAGGCUUAUCUCUUCUCGUCUCAUACGAUCAACGGCGGACAAGUAUUCACAGUUCCAACAUCCAGAGGAACAUGACACGGUUUUUCACAGUGCAACACGGUAGGCGAAGAUUCCAGAGUAAAGACGUGAUCUCUCUACAAGGGCUACUCUACGACACGUCGUGUUUCGGUUUAUCGCUAGCCACCGAUCCCAGGGACAAGGUGUUUGCGCUCUUGGGGCUGGUCAAGAAUUCGGACGGAUUAGACAUCAAGGCGGAUUACUCGCUAUCCACUGAAGGACUCUACAUCAAGACUGGCAAAGCUAUGGUUGAAGAAGGUGAUCUUCAAACACUGCUAUGCACGAUGCGACGAGGGCGAUCCCAGCUCACGCUUCCAUCAUGGGUGCCAGACUGGUCGGUUGGGGUGCGGUUUCCAACGAUAACCAUUAGAGCCCGCAACUUCAAUGCCUCCGGGAACACUCGCAGUAGCUUUGAGCUUCGUGGCAUUGAGACGCAGCCAAUCCUUGCGCUCAGUGGAGUCCGAGUGGAUACAAUUCGCAGCACCAAGGCCGGCGAUCAUGGGGAGCUAGGGCACCCGGAACAUGGAGGCUGGUUGUCCGAACUAAAGGAUCGUUGCAGUCAUGAGGCGACUACGUACGAGACGGCCGAACAGCAGAGGGAUGCGAUAUGGAAGACCCUUGUUGUGGACCAUGUUUCGACGCGCAGAGGCGAAUCCAUUAGAACAUCAGAGGCAGGCAAGCGUGACCACGAGGCUUUGCUCCGCUUGUCGCAGCUGCUAUUGGAUGAGCAUUCUGACGAGGAGUAUUCAGGGAGUUACCGAUCGACCACCGAGCUGGCUGAGGAGCAACUGUUCAUCACGGACGAGGGCUAUCUUGGACGCGGUCCGAAAACUCUUCAGCCUGGUGAUGAGGUCUGCAUAAUACUUGGCUUGAAGAUACCAUGCGUGCUUCGGAAGGCCGGAGGGGAGCAGUACGAGCUCGUCGGCCCAGCAUAUGUGCAUGGAAUCAUGGAUGGUGAGUUUAUGGAGCGAGGCGUUGAGAGCGUGAUAUUCGAGUUGAUUUGA